AUGGUUCCUUUUUGUACGAAGCGUGUGUAUUAAUCAAGAUAAUUCAUACAUUUUUUUUUAUAGGUAGAAAAAUAUAAAGUAUCGGAUAAAAAAAAUGAUAAGUGCAGAAGUAAUUAAGGAUUUAAUUUUGAAUGAUCCUAAGCAACCUUUUGUAUUGAAUAAUAUGUUAGAAAAUUGGAAAUGUGCGAAGUGGACUAUGAAGGAAUGGGCAGAUAUUUGCGGGAAAGAAGAAUUCAAAUUCCGUUUUUCUAGAAAAUAUCCAAAUAAAAAUGAAUGUGUCUGGGAAGGAGAAGCAGAAUAUAUAACUUCAACAAUAAAUGGUUUUUUAACUUGGUUGAAUGAUUCAAAUGAAGAAGUGAAUUUAUUUAGCUGUUUUAAAAGAUCUGAAUUUUGGUGUUAUUCUAGUUAUAAUUAUAUGGCAAAAACUUUCCAAAGCAUUCCAAGCAUUAUACAGGAUGUGGAUUGGUCAUCCUUUGGUUUUCCUGGAAGAUGUGGACAUCAAAGUACUUGGUGGAUUGGAAGUGAAGGUGCACAUACCCCUUGUCAUCAGGAUACUUAUGGAUGCAAUUUAGUAGCCCAACUGACUGGCAGGAAAUUAUGGAUAUUAUUUCCUCCAAAAGACAGCGAAUUUCUCUAUCCUACUCGUAUUCCAUAUGAAGAGUCUAGUGUCUUUAGUUCAGUCAAUUUGAAAAGAUUUAAUCAGAAGAAACAUUCAAAAUUUCAAUUUUCACAUCCGCAUCCUGUUAUUUUGGAACCCGGUGAAGUAUUGUGUGUACCACCACUUUGGUGGCAUUAUGUGGAAUGUCUUGAACCAUCCAUUAGUAUAAAUACGUGGAUAGAAUUAGAAACUGAUGAUGAUAAAAGAUUGGAAGAAGCUAUAACACGAGUGAUCAUGACAGGAUUAAUACCUAUUUAUGAACCAGAAAAUGAAGAUUGGCUAAAUCCUACAGAAAGUUUAGUUCCCACAGAAGAAACCGUCGGGUAUGUCAAUAAUUUAAUACAGAAAUUUAAUUUAAAAGAAAGAGAAAAUAAAUUACAAGGAAAAGAAAUGAAAGAAGAGCUGAGUGUUAAAGAUGGAAGUAAACAAUUAAAAAAUACCAUAAAAUAUAUUAAUUCAGUUUCUUUCCAAGAUUAUUUAAAACUAAUCGAAGAAAUCGGCCCCCGAGAACUGCUUAAUUCUCAAGAAAUGGACUUUUCAUCGCAAGCGCCGGAUGAUACAAAAGACCGAACCCAGGAAAAUGAAUUCUUAAGGGAACUGGUGACUUGUUUAACUCAUCCAGAUGUAAUAAACAUGGCAGUAAAAAAAGUCAAAGAAAAUUUUCUUCUCAAACAUAUUUAAAUUCAGAUAAUAAAAAUAUUUUUAUUUUAUAUUUUUAUUGCUUAUGUUGAAAGUGGAAAAAAAAAAGUUAAAUUG